AGGAGUACUUGGGAUCAUCAGACUUGUGUGCUUGUUGAAUUGAGAACCAACCACUUCAAAGACCGUCUUUUCUCUCUCGCCUUCUGUAAAUUCUCUUCAUUCACACAUUUUUUACCCCAUUUCUCUCAGAUCCUUGAAUUCGGAAUCAUGGGGUACAUGAGUAAUCAACAGCAGUUGUUGUCCAAGAUAGCAACCAACAAUGGCCAUGGCGAAAAUUCUCCUUAUUUUGAUGGGUGGAAGGCAUAUGAUAGCGAUCCAUAUCAUUCUAUUGAAAACCCUGGGGGGGUUAUCCAGAUGGGUCUUGCAGAAAACCAGCUUUCCUUUGAUAUAAUUGAAGAGUGGCUUCUGAAGAACCCAAAAGCUUCCAUUUGUACUGUGGAAGGAAUGAGCGAAUUCAGGGAUGUUGCUAUCUUUCAGGACUAUCAUGGCCUAAGAGAGUUCAGAAAUGCUGUGGCCAAGUUUAUGGGAAAAGUGAGAGGAGAUAGAGUCGUAUUCGAUCCCGACCGCAUUGUAAUGAGCGGUGGAGCCACCGGCGCUCAUGAGCUGGUCACCUUCUGCUUGGCUGAUCCUGGUGAUGCAUUCCUGGUCCCCACGCCUUACUACCCAGGAUUUGAUAGAGACUUGAGGUGGAGAACAGGAGUGCAACUCCUUCCAGUUGUUUGCGAAAGCUCUAACGAUUUCAAGAUUACCAGAGAAGCAUUGGAAGCGGCAUAUGAGAAAGCCCAAGAGGACAACAUCAAAGUGAAAGGCUUGCUCAUAACCAAUCCAUCAAACCCGUUGGGGACAGUCCUGGACAGGGAGACACUGAAAAGUCUAGUGACCUUCGUCACUGAAAAAAGCAUCCACCUCAUCAGUGACGAAAUAUACGCUGCCACCGUCUUCAGCUCACCCGGCUUCAUUGGCGUCUCAGAGAUAAUAGAUGAAAUGGAAUGCAACCGUGACCUCAUCCACAUCGUCUAUAGUCUCUCCAAGGACAUGGGCUUUCCUGGAUUUAGAGUCGGCAUUGUGUAUUCAUACAACGAUGAUGUAGUGAACAUCGGCCGCAAGAUGUCGAGCUUCGGACUGGUUUCUUCACAGACCCAACACCUAAUCGCAUCAAUGCUAUCAGAUGAUGAGUUUGUUGAGAGCUUCAUUACCAAGAACUCAGAGAAGCUGGCCACAAGGUAUAAGACCUUCUCUAGGGGACUAUCCCAAGUGGGCAUUGGCUGUCUUAAGAGCAAUGCGGGUCUCUUUUUCUGGAUGGACUUGCGUAGACUCCUCAAGGAGCCGACAGUUGAGGCUGAGAUGGCACUGUGGCGUCUGAUAAUCAAUGAAGUCAAGCUCAAUGUUUCACCUGGCUCAUCCUUCCAUUGCUCGGAGCCUGGCUGGUUUAGGGUUUGCUUUGCAAACAUGGAUGAUGAAACCAUGGAAGUGGCCCUACGAAGGAUCCGGAACUUUGUGCUUAAAGCCAAAGAAAAGGAGGUGUCUGCCAAGAGACAGCGUUGGCAAAACAAUCUCAAAGUCCGCUUAUCAUUCAGAGGAUUGGAUGAGCCGCACUUGAUGUCCCCUCACUCUCCUAUUCCUCAAUCACCCCUUGUCCGAGCAAGGACUUGAGUACAAAAAUUGGAAACUAUGCCUCAGGUAAUUGUCGGAUGUGUUUUUUCCCCGUGCAAAUGCAGGGAGUUUAUAGUAGAAUGCUGAAUUAAUUUACAUCACUGGUCGCGAUAUUUACCGGAUUCUCGUUUUGAUCGAAGUGUCUGAUCAAAACAUUUGUUCCCGUGGGUUUGCUUUAAUCCACAAAUGGAUUUAUGCAACUUGCAUAUCAAAUGCUCUGGCCCUUCACCGAUCUGUAGCCUGUAAUUUUUCCCACAUGGAGGAUGAUGCAACUUUCAUCGACCAUGUAGGAGUAGAUACGUUCAAAUGUGUAUUUUUAUUUUUUAGCAUCAAAUUUGAAGCAAAUAUUGGUGCUGAAAAUGGAUAGUAUUUGUAAGCACGCAGUGUGAUUUAAGUACAUGAGAUGUAAAAGGAUCUUUGUGGACGCUCAUAAAUAAAUUGUUUCUUUCCUUUCUUUU